AUGACUAUCACCUUGCAAGAUGUGGCAGGCAUAUUGGGCUUGCCUACUGACGGGGAUGUCGUCACCGGCUCUACCUCUGAGGAUUGGCUCGCUGUUUGUGGGGCUGUAUUUGGCGCGGUUCCACAGCCAAAUGAGUUCCAUCAUUCAGGCGACUUGCGUAUCUCAUACUUAGAUCGGUUAUAUACCCGGUGGAUCGAUCAUACCGGGGAUCAUGAUGCCGAGAUCUACUUCACAAAGGCGCACAUUGCCAGGAUGUUGGGUUCUUGGUUGCUGGCGGACAAGUCUGGAGGCAGCAAUUUCGGUUUUCGGCUAGUCCCGUUGCUUGGGGGAGGAUUUGAUGAGAUUGGCCGCUUCAGCUGGGGAUCUACGGUUCUGUCACACCUGUUCAGGAAUUUGUGUGAAUUGACAGAUGCCGGUCGAUCUGACAUGGGUGGUUGCCAUAUUCUCAUUCAGAUCUGGGCAUGGAUACGAUUCUCACCCAUUGCUCCGCCGCUUCCUCCUCAUCCAGAGCCGGGCACGCAUUAUAGAUGCCGGUAUGCUUUGUUAAACAUAUAA